CGAAGACGGAGAAAUAGACGGAGGCAUGCGGGUGGGGGCCGACCGAGGCGGAAAAUAAGCACGGAGUGUUUCUAUAAUGGCUGCACAAACCAGUCAUGUCUCCCAAAGUCAAGACAAUAAGUAUCUGGAGAAUCGCUGCAUGAAGAGGAACGUUGACAGAGAUCCAAAGAAGCAGCCGAACCAGAAGGAUGUCAGUGGACUUGGCCAGAAUCUAGACAAUGGACUACUGGUUACACACGUUAACCAGACACAGGACUUACUGAGGCUGCGGGGGGAGGAGACCCAGCCUUCAGCGUGGGAAGACUCGCAGGACUGGCUUUCGACUCACAGUUUGAAGUUUGAGAAGCUCACCUUGGCUGACCUGAUCAGCCAGGGCACAACUGUGUUGGAGGAGAGCAGCAGUGCUGCCAAGAACGUGCGCUUCUCAACUCCAGUCAUCCUCCGGUUCGAAUCACAGCUCUCUGAAGCUAUUGAACUCUAUCAACAGAGAAUUCAGUGGCUCACAGAAAGCAGCAAAAAGGCAUUUGGCCUCAUCAAGGGGUCCAGUGUCGGCAUCCUCAUCGAUGCCUCAGCCAUCAGCAGUGGCCCCAGGAAAGAAGAAUUCCAGAAUGACCUCCUGGUGAGUCUCUGGCACAGAGGACCCCGAACCACUCCCACCACCCCUCCCUCCCCUUUGUGUGCUGGCUCCUGGCCUGGUUUAUAGCAAAUGCAAAAUGACUUGUUUUACUAAGCACAGUUCACACUUAAUUAGCACCUACAGUUAAAGAAACCCAACCUCAGUCAUUUUCCCUUGCAGUGUGAGCUUCUAGUAUUCUCUCCCCACUAACUUGACUUUGUCUCAAGAUUCCCUAUAGGUCCUUCCUCCCCUCCCACAGCUUGUUCCCUGGACAGUACCACACAGCACACAGCACACAGCACAGGCUGCCCAGCCUGCUCUGCUUUCUCCAGCAUGCGCGUAACAGAGAAGCUGGGAACUCUAGAAUCAGAUGACUAGAGUCAAAUCUCAGCCCCCUCUACCACCUUGGGCUCUGUGACUGCAUUAUCUAACCUCCCUGUGCCUUAGUUACCUCAUCUGUAAAAUGGGGAUGAUAACAGUGGCCCAUCACAGGGUUGCAAGAGGGAGACAGGUCCCCAUGCAAGCUAAGUGCUUGGUACAAAGUCUGGCAUAGAAAAGACCUCUGUGGUCUCUGUAAAGUAACAUGGGGGCACUGUUUUCUUACAGGAACCCCUAUAGCUUUGGAUAGGGGCCUUAGCAGCAAGAGCCAAUUCAGUCUUUAUAGGGUUCAACAUGGGGCAGUUAUCCAGAGUCGUGCCCUGUUCCUGGUCUCAGUAGGUGUCAGGGAACAGUCGUGAGUGCAAGCUCGCCUUCAGGAGUCCUCAGGGCUGAGUUUCCAGAGAUCCCCCAAGGGGGCUGGUCUAAUGUAAGCCAACACAUGCUGGUGGCAUGCAGGUGAAAUUUCCAGCUGGGGGAAGAAGAGGAAGGAGGUAUCUUUCUCUCGGAUAUUCACCAGCUACAGCUUAAGAACACCAAUCAAACAGGCCGGUGUUGUGCCCGUUGCUCCAUCCCCAGCUCACAUGCUCGGAGAGAAAUGACUACCCCGUCUCUCUCCUCUCUGGGAGCUGCGGUUCAGGGCUCAAGCAGAGCGCACACUCAGAUCCGUAGGCAAGGCGCACGCACACGCCACCCACACCUGACCCAGGUGUGCAGCCGCCUGGCGAGCCGCUCGGGAAGAGAGCGCAGUCUGCAGUUAGCGAGGGGAGGAUGUUGCCGGUGGAAGUGAGGCCGGUUCACGGUCGCAAGGGAAGCAUCCCA